UAUUUGUGCGAGUCAUUUUACAUCCGGUAUAUUUUACAUCGAUGAACAGUAUUUUUCUAAUUUUUUUUCCCAGAUAGAUAUAGCAUAUAGGAAGAGGCACAGCUCGGUAAAGAAAAAAUGACAACCCCAUUGCCCUACGCCGCCGCCGCCACCGCCGCCACCGGCGAGGACCCUGACCAGAUCGGACGCCUCCCGGACUGCCUCCUCACCACCAUCCUCUCCCUCCUCCCCCUCGACGCCGCCGCGCGCACCACCGCUCUUUCCCGUCGCUGGCGCAGCCUCUGGCCAUCCGCGCCGCUCCGCCUCCACGACUCCGAUCUCCCCUCCCGCUCCCAGUAUCUCUCCGCCGCCAUCUCCGGCAUCCUCGCCUCCCACCGUGGCGACGCGGUGAGCUUCCGUCUCUCCUCGGGUCGCCCCUCCUCAGCGGACCUCGACACCUGGCUCCGAAUCCUCGCCGGCAAACGCCUCCAGGAGCUCCUCCUCCAGCCGCCAUCCGAGCCCCUUCCCCUCCCGCCGUCACUCCUCGGCUGCCACUCCCUCCGCUCCGCUGACCUCACCAAUUGCCGCCUGCCGGCAGCCGCCGCAGCAACCGCCUCGUUCCCCCACCUCCACGAGCUCACUCUCCGCUACUGCUUCGCCUCCUCCCGGGCGCUCCACGGCCUGCUCGCCGGCUGCCCCGCGCUAGCGGCCCUGUCCCUCGACCGUGUCUUCGGCUGCCGGAGCCUCCGCGUGCGCUCCAGGACCCUGCGCAGCCUGACGGUGUCGGUCUCCUUGCGGCGGCGGGACGAGGUCGGCGACGAGCUGCAGGACCUCGCCGUCGAGGAUGGGCCCCUCCUGGAGAGGCUACUCGGGCACGACGUCAACUGGGGCCCGUCGAUCCAUGUCCUCCACGCGCCGAGGCUGGAGAUGCUCGGCUACUUGGGCGUCGGCAUCCCAUCGCUUCAGAUUGGGGCGGCAUUGUUCCACUCGAUGCGGGCUGUUAGAUUGGCGGCGGAGUUCCGAUGCUUGAAGACUCUGGCGCUAGAGAUGGUCGAUCCGCAGGUGAAGCCUGUGGUUGAUUUUCUCCGGUGUUUCCCGUGCUUGGAGGCGCUCUAUAUCACGUCACAUAUGUUUGAGCCACGGAGUAUGGAAACACUAAAGUGUGAUAACAUGGAUUAUCCAAUUGAAUGCCUCAACCGUCACCUCAAGAAAGUGGUGCUUGCAGGAUACGAAGGGCGAAGGCGUGAACUUCAGCUUGCCAGGUUUCUUGUUUCUAAUGCAAGAGUCCUACAGGUUAUGAAAUUUUUGUGUGCAAAUGAUUGCAAACCAACAUGGUUGGCUAGCCAAAAAAGGCAGUUGUGCUGGGAGAGUAGGCUAUCUUUAGGACCACAGGUUAUUUUUGAGGUAUACAGGAAGAGCCAUACUAGGUUUCGGAAGCAUGCUAGUAACAUAACUUUAGUUGAUCCUUUUGAUGUUAAAACGUAAUUGUUAAUUGUGCAUUAUUUUCUUUUCUUGUUUGAUGGUACAAUCUGAAACUUGCUUGCGGCAAUGACUAGUUCUGUGAAAUGAAGCAUUACUCAGGAGUGACAUUAUUGAAUUAGUGAAAAUGCCAGCAGACCUAUAUUUAAUUACACUGAUGAUCUUUUUAUGGAUGUUAUGAAUUAAACCUAGUGCGUUAACUGAUUAAUGGAAGGCUGUGUUCCUUGCAAUGACUAUUAUUUCAAAAGCAUGCUUGCACUGGAAUUAAUGCACUUUAUUUUUUUUAUCUCUUUUCUAGACAUUCCUUACUUUAUCCAAAUGUAGCAUAGUAAAAUUUCCUCAUUCUGAAUUUGUUGCUCUUUUUUCAGUAUUAAUUUGUUGCUUUCAGUAAUGUAUCUGGUUCGAUCAUUUUAGAUGGCUAAUUGGUAGUAUUGGUAACUACCUAUCUUCUUUUCACAGAGUGAAGGUGAGCUAUGCCUUAUAUUUCCGGUAUCCAACAAAGUGUCAGGAUAUAUUGCACUCACAUGUAGUGCUUCGAUGGAUUCUGAGAUAGUAAUAAAACCUUUUUUAAAAAAACAAAACCUGUUUGCAUCAACUCAUAGUAAGUUUAUAAAACUGUGCAGUUUAGGUUAAAUGGAUGGCAAGUUGAUUAUUUUGUUAGAUUUUUGGAUACUAUAGAGGCACUGGUAGUCACAUAUUCUUCCAGAUAUGUGGAAUGGAAAUAUACUUCAUGGAAAAUUGUGUUCUUUCAUUUCCGUAGAGUGACCCUUUAAUAAAGAUAUUGAUACCAAGUUCUAGUUGGGUUUUUGUUUAUGUACAUAUGUCUAUUCAGGUUAUAUGUAAUCUACUAUAUGAUCGUUUCUAAAAUGUCAUCUUUCCAUAUAUUCCGUUGCUUUUGGAAGCAGCUGUUGGCCAUUACCAUCCUUUCAGUUGUACAAGGAGGGUGCUAUACUGCUAUUCCCUUGGAAGUUGAUCAUACUUAUUCCAAGAAGAUAAACCACAUUUGGAUUCUGGAUGCCAAAAGAUAAAUUUUGCCAUGUGGUUUAGAUUAUAUCAUGAAUUUAGUGCACCAGGAGCUGCAUCUCUAAUUUUCCUUUGGGUCACUCCCAUGUGCUUUUGCUAAGGAAUUAAAAGGAACAGUUCUCACUGUAGUUUUUGACAAUUGAUUCAGUCUGUGGAAUGCCUUUUUCUUUUGUUUU